CACAUUAUAUACUAUUGGUGUGGUCCUGGUUUUCAAUGUCACGCUUGUUGUGUGUCAGACUGCUAACUAUCUGACAUCGAGGUUGUCGUUAAACAUAUCAAGCAUGUAUAAAUUAAACUGUAUAUUAGGUAGUUCUGUGACUAACGUAUGCCGACAGCUUGCCACCUCCCUGAACACAAACGGGAGCUCUCUAUGCAGUGGGUUGCAGAGAACAUUAUGUACCGGUGCUGUUAGACUUCAGGACACCGCAGCCUCCACCACAGACGUCGGGGAAACCUCCAGACGCUUCAGCACCCUUCCUCCACUGCCUGGUGAAGACACUUCGCUGAGAUGGGGCGGAAAGGCGUUUGAUGAGUUACCGAUCGUUCAUAUUAAAGCCACAUACAACAACACACACAUCCAGCUGACAGACAGUCAGGGACAGUCGAUAGUCAGGACGUCCUGUGGGACUGAAGGCUUCAAGAACAGCAAGAAGUCGACGCCCAUCGCCGCUCAGACUACAGGCGUCGCCGCUGCUGUGAAAGCGAAGGCAAACGGAGUGAAGUUUGUCCGUGUUUUAGUCAAAGGUCUUGGUCCUGGACGUCUGCCAGCCAUCAAAGGCUUGUCGAUGGCAGGCCUGAAUGUGAUAUCGAUCACUGACAACACCCCCGUGCCACACAAUGGAUGCCGCCCACGAAAGGCCAGAAGGAUGUGACCUCCGAACCAGAAUGCACUGCAACAGGAGGAAGCUGUUGUGUUGUUGUAUGCUAAUAAAGUGUUUUGUUGCGUAA